AUGGAACGCGAAGAAGAGCGGCCGUUUCUAGAGCAGAAGCUGGAAGACAGCGAGUGGCAGCAAUAUGUUCAACGGCGAAACUACAGACAACCUCCACGAAUGUGGCUAUGGCUAUCUACAAUCCUCAACAUCGUCUUGUUCGCCGUAUCUCUUUUUCUAGUAUUCUUGCUAGCCUUCAAGCAGCAAGACACGACGAUCCCUGAGCCAUACUCACCAGCCAAUGAAGCCAUUUCAUACGAAUAUCGAAACAUGACCGGGAACGAGAAAAUCAUGGUUGGCGACCCCACGCCCGCCUGGGAAGAAGCCAUGCACAAUCUCCUCGAAGGAACUCUCAUUCGCGUCUCCCAAGAAGAACUCGAUAUCCUUGGCGAAGACUCCGUACCUCUCAAAGACGGAGGUUUCGCAGCCGGAUUAGGCGUGGCGCAUAACAUCCACUGCGUGAAGAGGAUCAAGCAAUUCAUGUACUUUGAUUACUUCUAUCCUGAUGUCGAAGUUGGGAGCGGGCAUUAUAAGUAUUUGCAACAUCAUGCCGAUCAUUGCCUUAAUUUCCUUCGUCAGAGUGUGAUGUGCCAUAUGGAUACUUCGUUAUACACGCUCGUUUGGACGCCAGGAGAAGAUGGCAAGGAUGUGAUUAAGCAUAGGGCACCUGGGGAACAGAAAUGUGUGAGUUGGGAUAAGAUGCAGGAGUGGAUGCAAGCGAGGAGUACCAGUACGACUGUGUUGGUUCAUAACUCGGAACACUAG